AUGAACACCGACAACGACAACACGAGCAUCAUCGACUUGUUGGGCCUCAGCAUCUUUGACAUCAGCAUCGUCCCUAUUUUAUCCUCCAUACCUACUCCCACUGAGGACGAUAACAUCACUUUGAAAUCGCUCAUGGCCAAUCCGGAAUUCAAGAGCUUGAUGCGUCCCUACAUUGAGAGCGGACACUCAGUGCUUGUUGAAGUAUCCGAAACCCCAUUCGACCCAGUCCCUGCGCAAAGGCAAAACACUCAAAGUCUGUUCACAAUCCCGCGGGAAGAUGGACUCACAACUAACGCUCGCCUGACCUUGAAGAAAACCAUGCGGGAUCGAGCUAGGAGCUUGUUUGGGUCUUCAGCGCCAAGGGGAACGAGAGUGUAUAAGAUUUGUGUUGAAGAUUAUGGAAUUGUAGUCCCCACGUCCAGCGGAUUUGAAGAUGGCGAGUUUGGUGAGGAGGAGGAGACAGUGACUAACCAAACGGAUGAUCAGACCGAAUCACUACUUGCUGAGAUUAUCUGA